AGAAAUGGGGGCUGUGAACAGAAGCAAGAUCGCUCUCCAUCUGCAAAUCAAUCUGAUUCUAUUUUCUGUCGGUGCUAUGGGUGCCUGUACUGUCACCAUCACACAACCACGUUACCUAGAGGUAAACUACACGCACACAGCUGUCACAAUAGAGUGUAACUUCUCCACAACCGGGUGUCCUUCAGGGCAACCUACAAGACUGUGGUUUCGCUACGGGGCUCACCAGCCAGAGAACCUGUGCUUGGACGGAUGCAAAAGCGAGGCAGACAAGUUUAUAGUGAAGGAAGCCCUGGAAGAGAAACAAGUUUCCCUCACAGUAAACAGAGUGACUUCAAAUGACAGUGCAAUUUACAUCUGUGGAAUAGCAUUUCCAAGCAUACCAGGACCAAGAGCUAAACAGACUGGAGAAGGGACCAUGCUGGUGGUAAGAGAAAUCAAGUCUCUUGGCAAGGAAAUCCACAGUCUCCUGAUAGCUGUCUUAACAGUGCUCUCUAUCUAUGUUGCUGGUGUAUGUGUGGUCUUCAUGCUCUUCUCCAAAUCAAAAUCUAACAUACUAAGAAACAAAGAAACAAAAGAAGAUUCACAAAAGAAGAAGAGUGCUCGGCGUAUUUUUCAGGAAAUUGCUCAAGAACUAUACCAUAAGAGACACGUGGGAACAAGUCAACAAUCUGAGAAAGACAACACUUAUGAAAACAGAAGAGCACUUUCCAACUAUGAAAGACCAUAGGAACAUUUUAAUUUUCAAUUAAGUCACUGAAAAUCGAACUCAAGAAGCUAUGGCAGUGUUAAUGGACGUAUACCCACAAGGCCUUAAAAAAAAAAAGGUAAAGGUAAAAGACAACUGGUUGCAAAAAGGAUGCCAGAGUAUAAAGAAACUAUAAUAUAACUAACAGUAAUUACCAAAAUACUAAACUCAAAAAAACGCAACUGAAAAAUACUUUCUUAAUUUGCCAAGAAAAUUCUA